GCGGCGUGCGGCGGGAAGUAUGGCGGCGCCUGAGGGGUUGAGCCGAGUGAGUGCGGGAUCAGAGGGACGGCGGUCGGAGGGCUUGACAAGAAGCUCAGAGACCUCGGCCUUCACCCUGCCUGUUGCAGCUGGAUCCUGGACUUCCUGUCAGAUCGCUGGCAAGUGUGACGCUGUGACGUUCCUCUUCGUGCUUUUACUGUUGGAUAAGGACUUGUCCAGCCAAAAUAUUUCAUGAGGAGGACUGAGAGGGACAUCCUGAUGGAAGGCUCUUCGUCUCCCCACACCUCUAGGCAGGCAUCUCGUAAACGGGAAGGGAGUGUGGAAAGUCGGGGUGGAUCACGCAGCCGGGUGGCAACCAAACCAGCGAAGAGGAUGCGGCGGACAGUGCAGUGGAAUACCACUAACUAUACUGUCCACGAGACGGACAGUGACAUGCUCCUGAUCAUUUCCAAUGAGGGCAGGGUGCAGAGGAGGCCCAGGCCCAAAAAGUCAAAGGGCAAGAGAAACAACUGCCGGCUCAACAAGAAGUCUAAUGCUCAUGCGGUGAAACUCUCUGUGCCCAAAGCAAAGAUGAGGGGCACCAGCUCUGAACGUGCUGAAGGUCAGCACAAAGCAACAGAUCCAGAAGCAAAGGGCCAGAAAGAAGAGGAGGUCGACCGGUGGGGUCAACAGCUUCCGAUUGAAGUGUUGGUUCAUAUCUUCCAUUACGUGGUGUCAUCAAAUGGAGCUGUACCAUUUCUCUGCAGAAUGGCUCGAGUGUGUCAGCUAUGGAAUGGAGCCGCUGAAAACCCCAGACUGUGGCGCAGGGUUACCAUCUCUCAGUGCUGGGGCAGUCCUGGAAAGAAACUGCAGCCUCUGGUUCAGAGAAAAAUCCAGAACACCUUAAGCUGGCUGACAGAGAACAGGUUUUCACAACUUCGCGAGUUCUCUCUCUGCCACUGGAACAACCUAGUGAGUUACACAUUGAAGACUGUCACGAAGUCCUGUCCUCACUUAACCUCCUUGCGACUAACCAACUGUAAUGGUAUUUCAUCUGAUGUCUUUGAAGCACUGGCCACCCAUUCCCAGAAGCUGGAAAAUCUGAAUCUCCAGCAUUCAGUGGUUGACACAGCAGCGGUAGUCAGUUUUCUGGAGACAGCAGGGUCGAACCUCAGACAGCUCUGUGUGACGUACAGCAGUCGCCUGCACAACAUCUUCAAUGCCAUUAUGGCUGGCUGCUGCACUGAACUCAGGCUAUUGGAGGUCAACACCGAGAUCAAGCAGACUAACCCCUACUUCCAGUUUUGCAUUGAGAUGCUACAGGCUGGCUGCCCCAAACUACAGGUUCUAAGACUGCUGAAUCUGACCUGGUUCCCAAGGGCUUGCACAAUGAUCGUUUCCCCUGAGGUUGGCUUCUCUGAGCUAGAGGAGCUGUGCUUGGCCACCUCGUCCUUCUCGCUGGUCACAGAUGAGGUUCUGGUAAAGCUACUGCACCUGUCGACCAAGCUGCGGACCUUGGACCUCCGCGGUUGUUAUCGGAUCACAUCAGCGUCACUACAGCUUCUGCCCUGCCAAGACCUCUCACGGUUAUUCCUGGGACUAUACUGCAGCACCACCACGCUACUGCUGGCUAAGCAGGGCUCAGAGCAAAUAGCUCUGAAGUGGAGACACUCUUUGGAGGAGCUGGAUAUCACUGGUCAGUGCUACAAAGAGAAGGACCUUGAGUUAGCCAUGGGGAUCCUGGCAGGGACUGAGGGCAAUGUCAUCCUACGCUCCCUCAACCUGGCUGGGACAAAAGUCACCCUGGAUGCAAUCAGGGUAGUGGUGAGUGGCUGCUCGCAACUCAGCUACCUGAACCUUACAUCUUGUCGCUGUCUGCCCCGGGGCCUAAAGCGCAUCUACCGAGGCCAGGAUGAGAUCAGCCAGUUCAUCAACCGCUUGCUGAACGGCAGUGUGGGGGAGCAGCAGCCCGCUGGGAACCACAGGUCGCAGGGGGAGGCCGACAACUAAAGGCUCUGCUCAUGAGACACCAGGAACAGCCGCAGUCCACUGGGAGAAACAAAGGGUGGUGUAAUAGGCUUGCCUUCGUAAAGCUCUUAAUGUCCGGCUCCUUCCUUAAAGUUCAAAGCACAAUCAAUAAAUAAAGCAAAAAAAUAUACCAACUGCACCGUGCCGGGGCCUGGGACUGCUGAGAUGUAUUCUAGGUCAGCUGAGACACCAUACAGGUUGGAGUCAACCUGGGCUGCGGUCUGCAGCAUUUAUUGUUUCAAACUGAGCCUGGGCUGAAGUCAAUUUGCUGCAAAACACUCAAAAGAAUUACUGAUUCCUGAUUUGCAUUUUGAGCAGUCCAUAUGACGUGUUCUGAGCCUGCAGUUUGAAGGUGCCUUGUGAGGGAGCUGGGCAGACGUUGCAAGGCAGAUGCACUCAUAAAGGAAGCUUGGGUAAAUCGGAUGUUAAGGGGAACAGGUUUGGGCAGUUGAGGGUUUUCUGAGGCAAGAUGUGAUCAUGAACUGCAGUGUGACAGUGAGAGAUGAACUCCCACUCUUAGACCAGGGAACUGGUUCACACUCCGUCAGUCACUGAAUGUAAAUUAAGCCUUGACUGUGGAGAGUAGCCAUCUGUAUAUAGUUAAACAGUUUGGACUAGGCACUAGAGGAGAUAAAAAAUCUAUUGCCUUAAGGUUUUUCCAUUUCCUUUACAUUCCCCCCGACCCCAGCAUCAUAAGUGUUGCAGUCCACUCUCCAAGGUACUCUGAUGGUUUUCCAGAUUGUGCCUUAGCUGGGCGGGUCUUUUAAUUUUACUUCCUUGUAAGGAACUCCUUGUUUGCUCUUUUUCUUGGAGCAUGCCUGUAAUCACUCACUUUUUGGUGUUUGUAUUUUAAGAUGGACUGUGUGGUGCCACAUGAUGCAGUUUCUUACUUCCUGGCGUCAUGUAGAACUUGCCCCAGUCUUCUCAUUGAUGUACUGAUUAAGGACCUAGUCAAAGGAACUGGUUCCAAUUGUCCUAAUCGUUGAGUAUUGGGAUACAAUAUUAAUGUUCAGUGAACUGCUGCGUGGAAAUAACAUAGAAAAGCACAGCACAUUACAGGCUCUUCAGCCCACAACCUAUCAACCUACUCCUUUCGCUCCUACAUAGCCCUUUAUUUUCUAUCAUCCCUGUGCUUAUCUAAGGGUCUCUAAUGUAUCUGCCUCUUCCACCAACCCUGAUAGGGCAUUCCAUAGACCUACCACUCUGUUUUAAAAAAACACAAACAAGCAAACAAUCUGACAUCCCUCUAUACUUUCCUCCAGUCACCUUAAAAUUAAGCCCCCUUAUAUUAACCAUUUCUACCUGUCCUUUCUCUCAAUGCCUUUAGCAUCCUGUACACCUCCAGCAAGUCACUUCUCAUCAACCCCCCACACCAAAGAGAAAAGCCCUACCUCACUCAACCUAUCCUCAUUAGACAUGCUCUCUGAUCCAGGCAGCAUCUCUUCUGUUUUCUAUCUAAAAACUCCACAUCUGUAUUUGUAUUAUAUCCAUGGCUAAUGGCCCAAGCCUAGCAGAAAACCUUGGAAAAUGGCACCAGUCAGAAUCCUGCAUAUUCUGGGGCUCUUUGCAUACACGGCAGGGACUUUUCAUCAGCUAACAUCAAGGGUCCAGAAACACACUUAGUGUUGCCUAGGCCGGGAUUCCAAAGCCUAUUUUAAAACCAUGGUAAUCGUCACUGUAACUGAGUCGAUGUCAGCUCAUUGCACCUGCUCAUUCAGAACAUAGGCAGUUUCCAUGUAACCAUCUUUCCCUCACCAAAAUCUAGAGGGAAAGGCUUAAGAUGAGGGGAAAGAUUUUAAAAGUGACCUGCGAGGUGACUUCUUCACUGGGGUUGGUAAGUAUAUGGAAUGAGGUGUGAGAGGAAGCAGGUAUAUUAACAUUUGGAUUGGGAUUGUUUAGAGCAAGUGUACCCAUCCUAGGGUCCAUGGACCCCUCUGUUAAUGGGUAGGGGUUCCAUAGCAUAAUAACAGUUGGGAACUCCUGGUUUAGAAGGAUGUGGGCUAAACAUCGGCAAAUGGAACUAACUUGGUGUGGGCAUAGAUGUGUUGGAUUGAAGGGCCUGGUUCUGUGCUGAAUUACUCUAAUAGAAGCGGGAAGUGCAUACAUUGAUCUCGCUUGUAUACCUGAAGUAGGGAUGUGCAUUGUGAAAUGUGCAAUUCCUGCACACUGGUAUGAGCUCUUUGGUUUUCUGAUUCAGGGCUAUUACUAAUAACCUUGUAAAAUGCUCUUGUUUUUUUAACCCUGUUAUUGCAUGGAGUGGUUGUUAAGUGCAGUCACAGUAAUCAGUUGAAGGUCAACCUACCCAAGGUCCCACUACAGAGGCAGGCAUUUUGUUCAGUCCAUAGGGUGGGGAGCAGGUAACUUGCAUUUGUUCUGCUCAUUCAAGACUCUUCAGGCCUGCACCAUUCAACCUCUACCCCCGUGCACUGUAUAGGUAUUGUCAUAAGUACCGUCCUCCACAGGUGCAACUAGUCACCUGGUCUGGGCCAGAGACCUGCUUUAAUCAGGAGCUCCUUCCUUUUUGAUGAGUACAUAUUGAGAAACUGAUGACUGCCUUUCUAUGUUGUGAAAGGGAAAGCAUUGCCCUUUGCUGUGGUGCUUAAAUCAUGGUUUAUUACAAAAAAAUGUGAAUUUUUAACUAUUGUGAUGAAACAUUUGGGGGCUUUUGCCAGCUUUCGGUCUCAGGAAAAGGUGCCUUUUCUCAGCUGGGCCACAGCCUCAGCAUGGGGAUAAGUUGGAUUCUCACUGCAGCUGCUGAGCUUGGCCAAGUCAGACAUGUGGGUCUUUCCACUGAUCUCUGUGACCCAGCUGAAGCUCUUCCCACUCCUGGUCUAACAACCCAGUGAGCAAACUCCUUUACUUGGUGGGUGUGUUCCACUGGUCAGUGUUUAAUAGCAGGAGGUAUAAUCCCAACAAGUAGUUUUCUACUCUGGUGGUGGGGGGUGUCACAGGAAGCAACAACUCAUCAGCAACUGAUAAACCAGUGCCUGGUGCUUUAACAAGCUGGCAAAUACUUUUAUCUUAUGAAAAUGUUUUUGGACUUUUAUUGAUAGUGGUCAUAAACUACUGCUAUAUGCAAGUGUGGACAUGCAAUAAAAUAUUUGUUGAAGCCAAUGUUUAUUCUUUUUGCUGUUGCAAACGAGUAUUGUGAUUUAUAAUUUUAACAAA